UUAACUCUAUACGUGUACGAUAAACAUUUGUCGGUCCUUGGUGAAUAGGCGGCAGACAGGGUAGGAGACAUUUCGUUUCCCACUGUUGUUAUUAUUGUUGUGGUGGAGUAGUACCUACAUAUUAGUAUGCUUGUGAUGCGAAUACAGAAUACUCUGUGUGUGUGUGUGUAGGUACAUUAUUUAGUUCGAUUUAGUUAAAAUUUGAAGUGAAUUGUCUAGUUCUGGUGUUUUGUGUAACUAAUUUACAUACCUAAUACCUGCUAUCGAAGUGGCAGAAUAACUGUGUGAUCGAUGAGUAAUUUCGUAGAUCGACGUUCGAAAUAUCUCUGGAGUGUCCAUCAGUGAAUUAGCACAGGUUCGUAAAAUUCAUCGACCAUCGGCGAUAUUUGUCAUCAAAAUGAAUCCUGAUGACAGUUUUGAGAAUUUCUUGGAAUUAAGGGAAUUCCAAACUAAUCGCGAAGGCCUUACCACACCUUCACCCGCAUCCCAGGGCACUCUGCUUGAUAACUGUAUUGAGAAUUGGUUUGAAUCAGAAUCAGAAACGAGUUCCGAUAUCGCUCAUGAACCACGUGUUAGAUUCCAGACUAAUCAUGAAGGUUUUCCUGCGUCUUCAUUCAUACCCGAUUUACCCGAAACGAAUGCUCUUCCUGUACCACGAACAACGGGUAAUCAACGAACGACCGAGACCCUUAUUGCUGACGAUAAAUUAGCCUUGUUAUGGCGUAAAUUAGAUUUUCUUAUUAGAAUGAUCUCCUCGUUAGGAUCUGUGAAUAAUGUUAAUGCGAUUGAAGCUGAUAUCAGGUACAAUCAUCUUAUUUGUCUUUACCAAUCGUUCGUGUCAAAUGUAGACGAAAUCAUGCACCUUGUCUCAAGUAUCGAUUUCAAUCGCCUGAUUGAAGUUGCCGAAGAAACGCAACGAAGAGUAAUUUCUAUCGAGGUAUCGUUGAAAACAAUAAUGUUGGACAAGUCACCAUCUUCUACCGCUUCCAAGGUGGUCGAUCAAACUGAUAGAACUGUGAGACAUUCGAUAUCAGAUAGUGAUUCGGUUGUGACAAAAAAAGCACGAACUGAUGCAGACGUGCCCACUGAACUACUUAAAUCGGAUCAAUCAGCUACUGUUACUUUUGAUACCAUGCACGAUUCGCUUUGUAAAAACAUCGAGCUGAGAUUAUCAAAAAACGCCAAAAAAAGGAAAACAAAAAAAAUGAAAAAUAAAAAUGUUGAAACUGCUGUAGCAGAGACGGCUCAAGUUCAACUUGAUGAUUUGGUAAAUAAAACCAAAUCCAUGAGUGUAGAAAUAAUAUCGAAGAAAUCACCAUCCAAGGUCAACGAUCAGACUGAUGUAAUCGAAAUAUGUAAUAAUUCUAACGUUGCAUCGAAUUCGCAAACUUCAAAUGUGGAUCUUUCGAUCAAAAACUCCACAUCUGCAGAACUCAACGGGAUAGAGCAGCUGUUUAUGGCGUUUAUAAUAUUUUUAAUACUUUUCGUUUUUUGCAUACCGUUAAUGGGCCUCUUAAAAUUAGUAUAAGUACUCGUAAUUGACUUAUUUUAAACUGUAAAUAGUAUGAUGAAUGAGGUAAAUAAAUAAAUAAAUAAAUACUACUCAUUAGAUGGAUGAGUACAAGUAGUUAGGCGGAUAAAACAUUUUGAUUUUUGAUCAAGUUUUUUUCUUAUUUCAAAAAAAAAUGUAUGAAUUAUCCAAUUAGUGAGUUGCAAUCAAUUUCCAGUUCAUUUGCAGUUACUCGUGAUCGUUGUAUUUUACCUAUAAAAUGUUCAAUGUUGAGAACAUUUUGAUUCAUUUCUCUCUCUUUUUUUUAAAAAAAAACUUUUUUUAUUAUUUUUCCCCUCCAGUUCCAUUGUAAUGUUCUACAAUUUUCUUCAUUAAACUUUACAAUUUUUCGAUUAUUUUCACAUAUUUAAUCAAGUUUUAAGAUUCUUCUUGUAUAAUAUAGAUAAAUCUUGUGUUUUAAUAUCAUUCUGUAUUUUCAUUUCUUUAUUAGGUGUAAGUAGAAUUUUGGUCUCGAAAUUAGGUCAUUCGGCAGUUUUGAAGAGGGUGUAAUGCGGCCUAUCAAAAUAUGCUAAAAUUUCGAUAGAAAAACAAAAAUUUCCGCCAGAACUUCUUUUUGGAUCCGUUUGUAGAAUUUUAAACUGAAAAAUUAAGGUCGUGGUUUCUGGAGUUCUUAAAAAAGAGGCCACGCGACCCAGCAAAAAAAAAUUGUCUGAAAUUUUGGCAAAAAUUGAAAAAUUUUAAUAAAAUUUUUGUGAACCUUUUGAAAAAAAUUUGAGUUCUUUUGUAGCAUUUUGAGCGCGAAAUUGGAUCGCGAUGUUGGGGGUUAUUGAAUAAGGUGUUAUGCAACCCAUAAAAAUUAGUUAAAAUUUUGAUACUUAUCAAAAAUUUCUAUCAAGACUUUUUUCGAUCACUUUUUACGAAUUUUGAGCCUAAAAUUGAGAUGAUCGUUCUUGGAGGUUUCAAAAAAAGUGCUAUGCGACCUGUCAAAAUGGGUUGAAAGGUGAGAAAAUCAAAAAUUUUCUAUCAAAAACUUUUUUUGAACUUUUUUGAGUAAUUUUGGAGGAAAUUUGAUUUUUUUUUAUGAAUUUAUAGUCCCAAUUUGGGUCAUAAUUGUAGAGGUUUUUGAAAAUUGUGUCAUGCAAACGAUGAUAAUUGGUUGGAAUUUCGAUAAAAAAUCAAAAAUUUCCAUCAAAAGUUUUUUGAGCCUUUUCGAAGAUUUUUGAGGUCAAAAUUGGGUCACAGAUUUAAGGGUUUUUGAAAUACAUUAAUACAAUUUUUCAAAAUGGGUGAGUUAAAAUUUUGAAACAAAAUGAAAAAUUUCUUGCAACGCUUUUUUGAACUUUUAAAAAUAAUUUCAAGUCCAAAAGUUUAAAUAAUGGUGUUUGAGGAUUUUGAAAACGGUAUCUGCAAUCAGUCAGUUUGCCGAGCUAAUCGAAAAUUUCAAUUGAAUUUUUUUAAUGAACCUUUUUGGAAAAAAAUUGAGUUCUUUUGAAGAAUUAAUGUGUAAUGAAAAUAGUGAAAAAGUAGUUAAUUUAGUCAAAAAGGUAGUGAGAAAAUGUAAAAAUUCAUUAUUGUUUUUUUUUUUAUUCUGAUUGAAAUUGAAAUAAAUACUUUUUAUGCAAAUUUUCUUUU